CCUGUAACAGUGAGCUGUCUCCUCUCUCUCUCACACACACACCCCAAAAAGAUCACACACACAAGGGACCACCUGAACCCUAACACAAAACUUUGUCUUCCCGCUUCGAAUCACAUCCUUCCUUUUUGUAUCUUCAUUUACUCAUGAAAUGGGAGAUGGAGAUGGAGAUGGAAGAGGUGGAAGCUGUUCUCGAGAAGAUUUGGGACCUACACGACAAGCUUAGCGAUGCUAUUCACUCAAUUUCCAGAUCUCAUUUCCUUCAUUCCGUCAAAGCCAUACGCAAUUCCAACGAUCUAUUUGACCGGACGGCCGGCAACAACAAGAAAGCCUCAGAUGAUGACGUCAAAGGAGGUUUCGUUUACGUUAAAGACUGUCCGCUUGGAGAAGAUGACGACUCGGCUAUUCACGAGGCGAAGAGUUUGAAUUCUAUCCGUACUGCUCUCGAGAACCUCGAGGACCAGCUCGAGUUCUUUCAUACUGUGCAAACACAGCAACGGGUGGAGAGAGAUGCUGCAAUUGCUCGAUUGGAGCAAAGCCGAAUCGUGCUUGCAUUGAGAUUGGCUGACCACCAUGGUAAGAAGUACAAAGUGAUUGAAGAAGCAAGAGCCUUUGUUGGUGAGGUACAGAAUCACAGUAAAUUUGUCUCCGUCGAGAAUAGUUACGAAUUCCCUUCUGGCAGCAACCAUGAUGUAGGAAAGAGAUCAAACAUUCUAGCAAAGGUCAUUAUCUCUAGCUUUAAUUUUGCCAAAAAGUCCCUCAAAGUUGAACAUGUGGGCGGUGUGCUUGGCAAUGCUGCUUUAUUUGCAGUAAGCAUGCUGGCAUUGUUGCAUCUUCAUCAGGUUGGCGAUAGGGAGCGUUACAUCUCAGAUCUCCAACAGAGACACAAAGAUGAUAAUAAUAAUCUUAACAAGAAUGUGACAAAAGUUUAUCUACCAAAUGGCAGUCCUUCUAAUGGUCUAGACGUCUUAUCAGCCAGGGGCUAACAAGUACAGACUAGUAGCAGCUGCAUUUGGUCAUAUUUCAAGCUUGAUUGUAAGCGGGUUUGUUCAAGUUUCCGAGUGUUUCAUUUUUCUUUGCUAAAUAGCAAUGCGUCUAUCGGGCGUUGUUUUAGAAAGCUAGGGUUUUAUUUCCUAAAAUUGUAUAUUCUUAGCUGCUUUCCUUUAGGGUUGUGUAACGAUGAUCGACCAUUUUGAAACUUGUUUUUCGAGGCGUCAUUAAGAUUUGGUGAUUUUUCCGUCU